UCCUGUUUACCGCUGCUGAACCUCCACAUUUGGUCGCGCUGCUGCACAUGCAGCAAUAAACCCCGUUAAACCCCGUUAAACCCCGCCACGGUGUCUGUGGCCUCCCGCCUCGGGGGAGCUUCGCUUUGGUCUGAGUGGGCUCGGUUUCCUCGGCGUGGACGCGGUUAUCGCGGAGACAUGAGGACGUGACGGUGCGGGGAAACACGAGCAGGCCGGAGGGGGAUCCUCGGUGUUUCCUGACUCCGCUGAACGGGACUCGGCUGCCGAGUGCGGGGAGACCAGCGGGGGCGCGGCCGGCGGAUCGCUUUCUGCUCGGAAACGGAGAUAAAAAAGGAGGAGUGUUUGGAGUUGUUGUGGUGGACCAGUGUGAGUGACAGCAGCUCGGAGAGGGGCUGACAGAGACUCCAGUCCGGGACGGGGAGCCUCCAUCCUGAAUCCAGGAAGACUCCCCGGCUCUGGCCCCCUCAAGCGGGCGGUGAGGAAGAAGCUCCCCGGGACGGGAUGGCCUGGCCGGUCCCCCCGCCCCGCGGGACACGGCUCUGCGGUGUUUGAAGGAGGCCGGGUCCGGCUGGAGGCCGGGGCCAUGAUGGCCGCCUCCCCCCCCGCCCCGGCCGGCGGGCCCGCGGCCGCAGGGCCGGCCGGCCCGCCGGCGGGCCCGGGGCUCCGCCGGGGAGAGGAGAUAGCGGACCUGAUAGAGCUGUUCUCCAGGACGCAGUACCGAGCCAAGGAGGUGUCUCCCCGGGUGGAGACGAUAGAGAAACGUUGUCUGGAGCUGUUUGCCAAAGAUUACAAGUACAGUAUCAUCCAUAACGCCAAUGGAGAAGUGUGCGGCCACUACCCUCGUCAGAUCGUCUACCUGGAGUAUGAAUGCACAGAUGUGGAGAGAGACAGGUUCGAGAGCACGGUGCAGGUCAGUAAACUCCAGGACCUGGUUAACCGGAGUAAGAUGGCUCGCUGUAGAGGAAGGUUCGUCUGUCCGGUCAUCCUCUACAAUGGAAAGCAUAUUUGCCGGUCGUCCACUCUGGCGGGCUGGGGGGAGCUGUACGGACGCACAGGCUACAACUACAUUUUCUCAGGGGGCACUGAUGACACGUGGACGGAGACGGAGGAAUAUCCCGAGGAUGACAGUGCAGUCAGGAACGGAGAGUCCCAGCUCUUUGACAAGGUCCGAGGUCACGACAUUAAGCUGCUACGCUAUCUCUCAGUCCGCUACAUCUGCGACCUGAUGGUGGAGAACAAAAAGGUCAAGUUUGGCCUGAAUGUGACGUCCUCUGAGAAGGUGGACAAGGCCCAACGCUAUGCAGACUUCACCUUACUCUCUGUGCCUUACCCAGGGUGUGAGUUUUUUAAGGACUACAAGGACAGAGACUACACGGCUGAGGGUCUGGUGUUCAACUGGAAUCAGGACUACGUGGACGCUCCCCUGACAAUCCCCUCGUGCUUUACUCAGAACCUGAACAUUGACUGGACUCAGUACCAGUCGUGGGACCUGGUGGAGCAGACCCAGAACUACCUGAAGCUGCUUUUGCACAUCAUCAACAGUGACGAUGACAGCGGCCUUCUGGUACACUGCAUAUCAGGCUGGGACCGGACCCCCCUCUUCGUGUCCCUGCUCAGACUCUCCCUGUGGGCGGAUGGUGCUGUGCACGCCAGCCUGGAACCUGCUGAGAUCCUGUAUCUGACCAUCGCUUAUGACUGGUUUCUCUUCGGUCACAUGUUGCCAGAUCGACUCUCCAAAGGGGAAGAGAUUUUCUUUUUUUGCUUCAAUUUUUUGAAGCACAUUGUCUCAGAGAAGUUCUCUGCUGUUAAGAAACAGAGAAGAAAAAACUCCCACUUCAGAGACGGUGAAUUCACUGUGGAAGACCUCUGCCAGCUGAAAUCCAGGGAUCGGGGCAGUGUGACCAGUCUGAGCAGCGACUUCUCCCUCAUCACGGAGGAGGUGGGCGGAGCCUCCGGCCCCACCGCCGAAGCGCUGGACCUGUUCAUCAACCAGCCGCAGGCCGCCAACUGGAGAAAAGUCCCGACCUCGUCCCCUCAGAUGGUCCUGUGGUGUAAACAGAACCCCGUGGAGGAGCAGUCCUCCCAUCCCAUCAACGAGGGCAGGUCGUCCAGCUCCUCCUCCUCCAACCAGUCAGAACACGGAGUCACUCGCACUGGCAGCAGCCCCCUGGCCGUCCCCGGCCGGAGGUUAGCGGCAGAUUACGCCCGGUCCGGGUCCUCCCUGUCCACGGACUACGGGAGUUGGCAGAUCGUUUCUGGCUGUGGCAGUAUCCAUGACAACCACUUCCCCCCACCGCUGGCCUCAGUUUCUUCAAACUCCUCUGCUGUGGCCGCUGCCUACGACUCGCCGCUGCCCUUCAGUUUCCAGGACGAAGGGCCGACUGGACGAAUGUGCUCCUUCCCCCCUGAGCGCCAGGCCCGUCUGGAGGCGGUGCGGGAGGUUUUCCUGGCGGCCUACAGCUCCACCGUGGGCCUCAAGUCCUCCACCCCCAGCCCCUCCGGUGCCAUCUCCGGCCUGCUGGAGCAGUUCGCCCGCGGAGUCGGUCUGCGCGGCACCAACGCCAUCGUCUGAACUCCUCCGGUGCCGCUCUGGACUCUCCUCCAGCCUCCAUCCAUCCACAGCUGAUCCUGCACAUCUGGGGCCAGAUGCAUAAAACCCAGCCCAGUCUCUCCUCUAUUCAGCCGUUCAUGUGUGCGGUUCUCUGUCGUAAACGCCAGUCCUCACGUAGUCGAGUCCCGCCCCCAUUCUUAAGCCCCCGACGCCACACGACUGCAGGUAAUUCCUCAUUCGCAGAUUGAAACGCUGUCUUGCACUACAGUUGUAUAGACGCAACAAUAAAAGCAACAGAGAAAAGUUGCAGUUUUACCGAAAGUCAAAUUCAACCUCUCGUAAGAGAUUAGAUUUGUUAUAUUUGGUGGUCUGAAGAUAAGGAAAAUAACCCUUUUGACUCGAGUGGAGGGCACCUGUCAAUGUCAGGAGCAAAGUGACAGUCAGUCAUCAGUUCACACCCGAAGACGCAUCAGGGCUUCGACUGUACCGAUAUUUUCUUUUUACUCAUUUAUAUUUUUUUUAUAAGUGGCGUCUGAGCUCCACGAGGAAGCGUCUGCUGCCAGUAAAUACAGGAAAAGUGGAAAUCCUCGUUCUCAUACAACAUGAAAUAAGUCUUCCAACAGCAGCAGCAGUGUAGCCGUCCUUUUGAGCAAAGUUUUAUGUGAUUAUAACAGCCACCAUCAAGCUUUGGGAAACAAAAUCACUGUUUAACCUUCAUUUAAUGAUGUUCAAUUCUUUUCUUUUAAUCCACAAUCACUUCAUAGUUCCUCAGUGCACUUUUAUUUCCGUGUGUGUGUGCCGGGGGUGGGGGGAAAAGUGUAUGCAGGGGUUUUCCCGCGUCCACAUCUUUUAUGCAUCUGGCACCGACGUGCAGCAAGUGCCAAACAUCUCUCUUCAAGUUAGGGAUGAAGUUUUGUUUUGUUUUUUUAAAUCUCUGACAACUCCCGUUUCCUCUUCUCUCCUCUGGACACUUAGUUUUUCACGCUCAGUGAUGGUUUCAGCCAUGGCAUCAAAAAGGGAUUCUGAGAAAUGUAAAGGGCUGAGAACGUGUCAUCUGUACCUUUUACAGGCAGAACAUAAAGAUUUCUUCCUUCUUCUGCUCUUCCUUAAUGUCUUAUUCUUUUUUUUUUCACGUUUUUUGGCUGCCUGUUUCUUGUCUGGUAAGCAGUUUGUUUUUGGUUCUCUUGUUUUAUGCUGCUAUUCUUUGCUGAGCCAAUCCAGAGCAGGCGUUUUCAGGGAGGUGACGGUGAGAGGAUGGAUAGUUUAGCGCUGUGUUGGAGACAUUUGAGACUAAAGAAGAUUCUGGGUGGGGGGGCAGAAUUAGAAACAAAAGAACAUCACACAAUCAAAUGACGGAGAAAGCUGAAGCCAAACGGCGCCUGUCUGAGGUGUAAAACGUGGACUCGGUAGCUGUUCAGGUUGUACGCAGCUCGGUGUCGGCCCAGAGUAGCGGCAUCGUCGCCUCCAUCCAGACCUCGGACAGAUUCCUGUGAACGAUGCUCUUCGUAUCUGUCAACAUGCGGUUGCUACUGACGACUGAACGGGCGGAGCCAGAUUUACCUCCACGUACAAGACGCACUUCUGUUCUUCGCCGUUUUAAAGUCAGGAUGUUUAUGCUUUUUUUGUUUGUUUCUAUCUGAACUUCUCGUCUCUCCGGCGCUGAGCCUCGUCUCUCUGUCGCCCAUCUGCUGCAGCUGAUUGGACCUUUUCAGUUUUGUGUCUGGCCUUAAAUGUUGAAUGUUGUAAAGUCUUAUCUCAAAUCGUACCUCUGUCCACGCUCGCCAGGAAGUGAUGCCUUCACAGAAGCUCUGGAAAAAGCUGCUUUCUUGGUUUGACUAAAACCCAAAGCUUUAAACUUGUUCCCACGCUCAGUUGGCAGCGCCCCCUCAGUGUCUGCAUGCAGGGUUGUACAGGGUUGCAACCUCCCAUUACAACGUUGAACACUGCAAAAGCUAAAGUUGCAUCUAUGUUUGAUUGGUCCGAUGCCUGCGGAGGACUCUCUGCUGUUGCAGUUUCAGAUAAUUCAGAUAAACUGCAACUCAGGAUUUGAUAGUUUGGACCCAUGCAUGAGUAUCUGCUUCUGUUGCCGUAUCUAAAACAACCCCAAACAAACACAGAAACUCAACGUGGUGCUGCACUCGUGUAGGCUGCAGUGUUAGUUACCCUACAGGAUAAAAGGUGAAGCCAGACUGCCACCAGGGAACAGAACUACUCCAAGCUCUGUGCCGUGAACCGCUGCGUUGGUUUGUUUCCUAAUGGCCCGCAUGGUGAAUCCAUCAGAUUGAACGUAAAUGAUGCUGCACGGCAGUGAUGUUGCGAUACGCUGGAGUCGUCGGAGGCGCGGGACAAAAACGGUACUGGAGGUUUUUGCUUUGAAUAAUUCAGAACUGUGAACCACAUCAUUUAGCUGGGUAAUAAUCCCGCAGAGACAGAAGUCUGAGCUUCGUUCAGUCUGGGUCAGGUGGUCCGUGGCUUUUAAUCGUGCUUUGGUUUCUCUUUCUCGCCUGCAGACUUUGGAUUGACGUCACCUGUUUCUGGUCCUCCGCUCAAUUGAUUCUGGCCAAGUCGAACGCCGUCUAAAAUCCUGAACGCCUGACUGAAGUUUGACGUAGCAGAGAUGACUCGGGUUUAAGAGGAAAACAAACCAACAAACAAUCCCUUUCAUUAAUUGGAAACGGAAAAUGUUCUUUUUUUAGGAAUAUCUCUUCCAAUAGAGCGUAACUUUGGGGGGAACCACUGCAGCGUUGACGAGUGCAGCAGCCACGGCCAAGUUUUUAACCAGGGAGGAUGUUACGUUAGACGCAAUAUUUAGAUUUUUUUAUUUAUUAAAUAAGUCAAAGUGUCUUCAUAUUUGCUCCAGAAUUGUAAUCACAUACAUUUAAACAAAGUCAUUCAGCAUCAGUGAAGGGGUUUCAGCGUCUUGAGUUCAGAGGUCACGGACCUACCGUGACGGUAAAGACAAGAUCGGCUCCAAGGUCGGGGGGAUUUCUGCUCGUUUCCACACAGCUUUUUCUCAGAUCCACUCAGAAACGGCGUUCGCCUUCUCUGCGGUCUCUCCAGUCUCUCCGGUGACAUUUUCCACGCCAGCUGCUCUCCGGCAGAGACGUGAUGUUCAGCUAACUUUCUUUUGAGAGAUUCAUUAGAGGACGGUUUUACUGGCUGGUUUACCUCAGGACCUUCGGUCGCGCCUUCGACCUUCAUUUUCACCAGACAAAGUCGUGCCAGUCAUCGCUCGUUGCCAAACUUUAGAUAACUUUGUCUAAAACUUUGUCUUUGGUGAAAUAAAUAUAUAGUCAUGUUAUCAAUGAGGAUGAUAACCAUGAGGUUUUAUCAGCCAGGAAAGUUCUUUACCAGCCGUUAAAGUCACCUAAAACAACAACACAACGCAUUUUACAUCUCGUCAUCCUGUAUUUAACAAGAACAAAGCCCGAACGGCAGAAACUGCAUGUUUGGCAACAAUUAGUUGAAGUGAUGGUCGUCUGGAUGACGCUCAGGUCCUUUGACCACGAAAAGAGCCCAAGUCCCUGCUCCUCCUCCACCGAGCCUCUACUUUGGUCUUGUAGUCUCUCUUUCUCAUCCUGAUCUUUGCUCCCAUGUUCUUUAUAAAGAGCAAGCUUUCCGAGCAACACGUACUCGUUCAGUCUUAAUCCAAGUGUGCUUUAUGGACCGACCGAGACGUGUGGCGUUGGAGAUCCAGCGCCCUUCGGUGGUUUUUCUGAGCACCGAACGUUCAGACCUCGGAAAGUGAAGGAAGCGAAGGUCUCUAAAACAAUCAUCUUUCUCACUACGUGAACCAAAUAGUUUGAAAAUGAACUUCAUAGCCCUUCUGAGAUUCUGAGCGGACUGUCACAGUGUUGUCAUUGCUGAUGUCGUUCCUCGUUGGCUUUAUACAGUAUUAGCUCAUACCUGGACAAGCAGAACUUCUGCUUUUAUUCUGGUUUUCACACUUUGGGUUAAUCAAUCAUUUGAUUAGCAGCAGCUGUUACUGCGUAGCGUCUUCACCUCUACGGAAGCAGCACAGGUGGACAUGCUAUCGAGCCUAACGGCGCAGUUACGUCGUGUUAUGGUUAUUUUUUUCAUUCUUUCACAUCCAAUAGAGCGGUUCAGUUUAACACUCGGUGAGAGUGGCGACAGGGACGCGAGUUUCCAUGUUUAUUUUCAGGAACACUGGCGGUGGUCAGUUCAGGCACUUCCUCAUCUCUCUGACUCCUCUUUUGGAAGAUCUGAUUGUCACCAUUUCUGUCUAGUUUGGUGUCAUUUCUGCCUGAACUUUACGUACAGCCUCUCUCAGGACACUUUCACAAAAAACAAAACAAAAAGACUAAAUGAUUUACCUUAAAUAUAUAUAUAAAUAUAAAAAUCACUAAUGCUUUUUCAUUUGUUUUCCAUGACUUCCUCCCAGUUGAUCUCAGAUGUCACAGAUAAUUCUUUUUUUUUUGUUAAUUUGUAUUUUAUUUUAAGUUGUUUUAUUGAAAAGCUGCAUUGCACUUGACCCUGGUCUUUUGUACAGCUGGUGCACAUUUAAAUGAGUUUACUUUUUUUUUUUUUCUUUUGGUUUUGAGAUUGCUUUUAAUUGUUGGCGGGAAACGAGCUCCGGCAUGAGGCGAACCGAGCUGUCUGUGGUGAUUGUCAAUAAAGAAAAUCUGUUUUCUUUCUUGAACAAA